GGAUGACGUCACGCACACGCGAACGUCUCGGGGAACGCCUCCGUCACGUGACAUUCGGCGCAUAUUCGGCGCCUUCUUCAAAUGGUGGUCAAUCGGGGAUUGCCUGGAUAAGAACCCUGCCACAGUGCUCCAAUGAAUGAUGGUGGAAGGGAUGGCCUUGUUGGACCUUGGAGUAUCCCCUUACUCAGGAGAUGUCUUUCAUGAGACGCCGCUCAUUGUAUAUCUUUUCCAUUUCCUUGUAGACUAUGCAGAGAUAGUAUUCAUGAUAAUGGAUGCCCUCACUGAUGUAACCCUGUACCUUGCUGUUCAGGAGUACAACAAAUUAAUGUUUAAGAAGCAAAAGCUUUUAUUGGAGCUGAAAAAAUAUCCUCAGGAAGGACAUGAACUCCUAAGGGUACCAACUGAGAUGUACUAUGUACCUUUGAAGGUGUCCCUUUUCUACUUGUUGAAUCCAUACACCGUUCUGUCUUGUGUGGCCAAAUCCACGUGUGUAAUUAACAAUGCCGUUAUUACUCUUUUCAUCCUGGCAACUGUUAAAGGUAGCCGGUUACUAAGUGCUGUGUUUCUGUCGCUGGCAACCUAUCAGUCUCUGUAUCCAGUCACCUUAUUGCCACCAGCGCUGCUCUACUUGCUUCAGAAGGAAUUUAUCCCAGUGAAGAUGAAGAGUACAGGCUUCUGGCUGUUCAGCUGCCAGUAUUGCUCUAUCUACCAGGGUUCUUUGUGUUUGCUGGUCUGUCAUUCUUUCUUCUUGCUCAACUCAUGGGAUUUUAUACCUUCUAUAUAUGGCUUUAUCUUUUUGAUGCGUGUAUGUACCAGCAGGUGCACUGAGCAUUCAGCCUUCAUACCAUGAUGAUGAAUGGUGGGAGAAUGUAAAGAAUAACUAUUAUAAACAAACUCUCUGGCCCAGUGUGAUAAUGCUUGUGGAGCAGCCAUACCUGCAGUAGGACUAGUGUCACUCACAGGUUGAUCCUGGAGCUCUACAUUGCGGUAUAAUCGAAGUUCCUAAAGGCUUCCGCAAUCUCCUUUUCCAUUGCCAAGGAACCCUCAGAGGGAGGAGUUAGAACUAGAUGUUGAUCUCCAUCCUCGGAAAGUCUAACAUCCUCAGCAUCUCGUAUAUUACAAUGCCCAGAGACCACCAGUCGACAGAUCUUGAGUAUGGCUCCCUGGCGAGGACUUCUGGCGCCAUGUAGCCAAAAGAUCCUUUCAGGCUACUUGUUCGGCCUUUGUAGCCAAUUCCUGAAAAAAACAGUUAUUGUAGCUCUUUAAGCAGCCACCAGCAACGUACUCCAUCAGAAAGAAUAGAUGGUAUUCUGACUGGAAGGUGGCGUGGAUAUCCACAAUGAAAGGGUGGUCCGCAACGGCAAAAGCAACCCGUUUUUCUAGCAAGAUCCUGAAUAUUAAAAGCAUUCAUUGUCAAAACAAGGGACAUGGAUUUUCAGGGCAUAGGAUCUUUUGGUUGCCGCGUGUUCAACAAGGAGAACCUGGAAUAAGAGAGAAUCUCAGGAAACGCAGGAAGAUACAUGCUGAACAUCCAUACCCCUUUCAGAGAACUGCAAGAAUCGAUCCAUACUUGCCCCCAGCAUUGCAAGGUUGCAUCUUACUGUGGGUCCUUUGUCACUGCCAGUGGACAUCCUUCUGCUGCAUCAGGUGGAGUUGGGCUGAUGUUUUCUUCAUCCACAGAUAUCUCACUAUAAGGAAAAGCACCUCGUCUACCUCUGGCACUGGUUCUUCAGGCACCUCGUCUACCUCUGGCACUGGUUCUUCAGUGGAUUCGUCAUGUUGAUGCUGCAAACAAGGGAUAAUUGUGCAAUGAAUGAAUGUGGCAUCACAUGGAUAUGAUAAAAGCAAUGUUUAUGUUCUGGCCAAGAAAUGAAUGGCAUCAGUAUAAAAUACUCACUUGGAAAGAAUCACUGGCAGGUUCUGAAACAACCUGAACCUCAGGUGCGCUGACCUCUUCUGCUGGGAGGUUUACACCAGUGUCACUAAUAGUCUCCACUGCUGCAUCUAAAGAGACAGUAAAUAAACAUAGUGAAUGAAUUUUCAAAUAUAAAAACUUUCUUGAACCUAAGGCUUAAGGAUGUUUCUUGAUUUGGUAAGAUGCUAUUAAUAAUCAGUGGUUUGAAAAGUACAUGCAAAAGCCAUAAAAUUAAUCUAUAGUUCUGUGGGGCUUAGUUGAAUGUCCAUGAAGGGGUAGUGGAUGGGAUGUUAGGAUGACACACGUUACUCCAUAUAAUGCCAAUAGAAAAGAGGCUAGAGCCUAUUGUGACUCACCUGGAACAUGCUCUGCUUCCCUCCGAACUAUCUCUUCAUUGAGCUUGAGGAGAGAGGAGUAAAGGGCUUUCAGCCUCUUCUCACUGCUCUUCCUCAGCUCCUUCAUCAGGGCUCUGGUCUUUCUGUCCUUGGUGGCAUGGUACAGAUUUUCAGCCCCUGCUGCUAUCUUCAUCUCUUUCUGGAUGACUCUCACUAGCUCCUGCUUCAUUUCUGAAAGAGAGACACCUACCUGGGGCUCACAAGCAUCAAGAGACUGUUUGAUGUCGACAGUCUAUAGAGAAUGGGAAACAAUUAAGAAACAAUGGUUAAGUGCUUGCAAAUGAUAUUGAAUAUUGAACAAUGAUGUCACCCAUUCAAAUUAGAAGAAAAGAGUUUCCUCCUAAUUGUUUGGAAGGGUUUUUUUUACAGUCAAAUUCUCUCCCUGAAUCAGUGGUACAGGCUGAUACAUUAGAUGGCUUUAAAGGAGAUGGAAAGUUAAAAAAAAAACCUCCCUCUUUCUCUUUGCCAUUAUCCCCCCUCCUGAAACGCCGCAUUGAAAAUUGCAAUGGCUUUACAGUUUUGUGCACUUCCAUUCCAAAAUUUUUCUAUAGUGUAAGCUUUGGCGCCACCAUUUUCAAAUUGCCUCCCUGCGCUUUGUCUCUAGUACACAUGCGUCUCUUCCGUGACCCUGUGGUGUAACCAAACAAGCGCGCAUAUGUCGAUACACAGUGAUAAGCAUUGGUGUCGCAUCUAUAGUGCAUAUUCUUUGAAUAAGCCUGUAAGUGCCACAAUAUGUU